AUGGCCGUUUCGAACGUUGUUUUGAUCCCCUGGGAUGCUGAGUCCCAGUCUCAUCAGGAAUGGCUCAUUAAGCAACGGGUAGCAUGCGGCUGGCAUCAGGAGCUCGUUGCAACAAAAUGGAAGAGCCAACAGCUCGAAGGUCAUAAAUGCAUUUUUUGGAUUGUCUUACCGUUAGAUGAGUCACAGACAAAGUUGCAAGUAGACCCCGAGCAAAAGGAACAGCUUGAAGAUACGGCUGUUACACUCAACGCCGUCCCUCGCCAACCAACCAAAGAAAGCUUCAUUCCCAUUGGCCAUAUUUCACUUGACUCUUACAACCCCGAUGCAGAGCGUUUUGAUUUAGAUAUACCCUCCGAGGGUGUAUUCUGGAUCAAAACAUUCUAUAUAAACCAAUCUACCCAAGGUCAGGGUAUCGGGCGAGCCGCCAUGGAUCAAGUCGAGGCCAUGGCGGUUCGGGAACCAUUGCUAGCGAAGACACUCAUGCUUGAUACUAUGCACAAGGAUGACCAGAAAAGGGAUGAUUUUGCGCUUGAUCAAUUCGGUUACAUUCCAAAGGUAAAAUUCCCGCCUCACUUUGAGAUUGCCCGACUUGCUUAUUCUAUUUCAAGGUUCGGGUUACCAAUGAAGAGUGGUACGAUCGACGAGGGUACCAGUUAA